UGAUAAUUUAAAGCUACCUCUGCACAAAAAACUGGGAUAAGAGAAAAAAUAUUAAUUCAGUCUUUAGAAGAAGGUGACUUUUAUAAAAUGGGACAACAUGUUGCUUAGAGGAGGUUUGAAAAUCACAAUGAGUGCCUGGCAAAAGCCCUGAGCAUGUGUUGGUCAGAAGUCAAUUGCAUCAUUACAGCCAUCAAUCACCAGUCUGUGGUGUAUAAAAAUAGGUCCAGGUGGCAAAAUAGCAUAAACUGGCAAUGCCUCGUCAUGCCGACUGCCUGCUGUCACUCUCUAAAAUAAGCUUGAUCUUAAUUCACUGCUCAGCGUAAACCAGGGUUUUAGUAGGGCUUCUUCUCUUUCUUCUGGUGAACACAAAAAGAUAUUUUGAAGUCAGUGGUUACCAACAACUGUUUGGUAACCAACAUUCUUCAGAAUAUCUUCUGUGUUCAAAAGAAGAACGAAACUCAUACAGGUUGGGAACAACUUCAGGUAUAAGAAAACCUGCUGGAUUUGUGCUGGUCAGACGCAUUGAAACAUACGCAACAAAGACUAUUCAAUAAACUGCUCCUUUUUUAUCAUCAUGAUCUAACACAAUCAACUGAGCACAUGAAGAUGAGGAGAACACAAGAAGUGAGAGAAAAUAAGAUAAAUGAAGAAGAAGAGAAAUUGUGGGACAAAGCAGAGCAUUUUGAAGAAAAAGCGGAUACUGAAUUACCAAAAGAGUACUAUCAUGGGCUUGAUGAUCUACCCUGGAACCUGAACUCACUGGAGCAGUUACUGUAUAUCAGCCUGCCAGCAUGGAUACAAAGAGCUUUGCUUUGCAACUUAGCUGAGCAGUUUGGCAUCUGGACAUUUCAUAAAAACACCCUAGCGUGUCGUCUCAUAUCCUUCACCCUACUGCCAUUCACUCUGCCUGCCACAACUGUCAUCUCAUUCAUCUAUAGAUUUUUGUGCUGGGUGAAGAAAAUUCCCCACCUGGCUCUGAAUGCAGGCAGGGAAUUCAAACAGGAAGUAAUCGCACAUCUGCAGUUAGUCUUUGCGCACUUGAGAGGACUUAUGCCGAACAGAUUCCUGCUUUUGCAAAUUCUACCUUUGGUCCCCAUGCUUUCUUGGUUUCUUGCACCCUGGUCCUGUUUCCCAUCUCUUCCUUUUACUUUCCUUCCCUGUUUCUCUUUUCCUUUACUUUCUCGUGCUUUGCGUUUCCUGCCACGCCGUCUCUCCACUUCAACCUCAAAGAAGCAGCUGGAGCGCAGGAGCCAGACUCAGCCUCUCUGGUGUAGACGACGAUCUCUCCUCUGUUUCCAGCUCACCGGAUCCAGCAGCUUCUGCAAAAAGACAGAUAGCAUCCUUACAGAUGCAGAGGCACAAUCUUUAGCCUUCCUCUUGCAGCUCAAUGUGGAGUUAGAAAUGGACAGCCAUCCCGAACCACUACAGCUUCAGAAGGACACACUAGAUUGUGAGGGAAGUUUAUUACUAAACACAGAAGCAGAUGAGAAUCUCUCCUCUCCUUUUAUUUCUUACAUGGAUGUACAAGAGGAAGACUGAAUGACUGUUAUACUGCAGACAAAAGUCUCUACUGUAGAAGAGUAGAAUAUUUGGACAAUACUCUCAAUAUGGCAGUGUAUACUGUACAUAUCAGUGUUGUUGUAAUAAUUACUUGGAAAUUGAAAUUGAAUUGAAAUAAAAUAUGAAUAUUAGAUAAACUUAAAAAAUUAAAAUGAGAAAUGUUGCUUUGGGAAUGAACUGAAAAUCAGUUGAAGUAUUUAAGCUACUAAAACUAAAUCUAUAUCGAAAUAAUAAUAAUAAUAAAAAAAAAAUCCAGUAAGAAACUAAAAUCACAUAAUGACAAAUGUAGUAAGAAUUUAGUAAAAAUGUAAUAAACAAGCCACAGUGAUAUUCUGUUUUAUGUAAUUCUGUAAUAAUCUAAUAAAUGCAUUAUCAAGUUGAACUUU